AUGGUGCAGAUCAAAUUCCUGUUCGCUUUCAUCGCGGUGAUGACAAUUUUAGUCCUGGCCGCCGACAUGGCUUCGGCCUAUGAUUGUCUUUCUGGAAAAUAUAGUGGUCCUUGCUUCUUUUGGGAUGUAGAGCACUGCAGGCGUCUUUGCAAAGAGGAAGGACGAGUCAGCGGACACUGCAGUCUCAAAUUGGCGUGCUGGUGCGAAGGAUGCUAA